AUGCGUUUCCUACCAUCUCGCUCUUCUCGAAACCCAAAUCCUACAAAAACCCAAGCUCGUGGCCCAAAUCCUAACAGACCAACUCAACUCCACGAACUAGGACUUCUAAAAGCUCUUCUCGAAACCCAAAUCCCCCAAAAAUUCAAGCUCAACAUCGAAUCCAAAUUCCGGCCCCAGAAGCUAGAAUCCAAAUUCAUUACGAGGAAAAUAUACCCCCUCACCCACGCUCUGUCGACGGAUCGGUGCGGAACCCAAUAUGCAUCACAUGGCGUUUCCUACCAUCUCGCUCUUCUCGAAACCCAAGCUCGUGGCCCAAAUCCUAACAGACCAACUCAAGUCCACGAACUAGGACUUCUAACAGCUCUUCUCGAAACCCAAAUCCCCCAGAAAUCCAAGCUCAACAUCGAAUCCAAAUUCCGGCCCCAGAAGUUGGAAUCCAAAUUCAUCACGAGGAAAAUAUACCCCCUCACCCACGCUCUGUCGACGGAUCGGUUGGUUGUCAUUAUUUCUGUUUUCGUCAUCGAUUGCCGUAGGGUUUUCUUUACUCCUCAAAGAUAA